AUGGUUCCUCGGGGGCGCACUUUGGAACAGCAAAUAUUUGCUGCAAGCUCUCAGCUGCGCGCCCCAACCUCUGCCUUCGCCCUGAACGAAGGACCUUCCCAGGCACCCGGGGGCACCCAGACUGGAAGCCCUGCUGCUGAAGAGCAGCGCUCCCUCGGCCUCCACGCUGACCGGAUGGCGGCGGUACUGCGCCUCCUGCUCCCCUGCCUCCUGGCCCAGGUGUGGCUGGUGCCCAGCGUGGCCCAGGCGAGGCCACAGACCCCUGCUGUCCAGAAUGAGACUUUCCAGGAAGUGCAGGCCCCAGAGGAGGAGGAGGAAGAGGAGCCCUGGCUGAUGGCCAGCAGGCACCAGCUCUCUGAACAGACCUCCAACUUGGGGUUCAGCCUGCUACGCAAGAUCUCCAUGAGGCAUGAAGGCAAUGUGGUCUUCUCCCCGCUCGGCCUGUCCUUGGCCAUGGCGGCCCUGAUGCUGGGGGCCACGGGGCAGACCAGAGCCCAGCUGGAGGGCGUGCUCAGCCUGCAGGCCCCAAGCCAGACGGGGCCCGGGCACCUGCCCGCCUUGUUUCGGCGGCUCAGACAGCACCUCUCCCGCAACCAGGAGCUGGGCCUCACCCAGGGGAGUCUGGCCUUCGUCCAGGAAGACUUUGACGUCAAAGGGACCUUCCUCAAUUUGUCCAAGAGGUAUUUCGAUACCGAGUGUGUGACUAUGAAUUUCCACAAUGCCUCGCAGGCCAGAAAGCUCAUGAAUCAUUACAUUAACCGGGAGACGCAGGGGAAAAUCCCCACGCUCUUCGAUAAGGUCAAUCCCGACACCAAGGUCAUUCUCGUGGACUACAUCUUGCUCAAAGGGAAGUGGUUGACCCCCUUUGACCCAGUCUUCACCAAGGCAGACACUUUCCACCUGAACAAGUACAAGACGGUUAAGGUGCCCAUGAUGUACAGCGCGGGCAACUUCGCCUCCACCUUUGACGAGAGACUCCGUUGCCACGUCCUCAAGCUGCCCUACCGAGGGAACGCCAGCAUGCUGGUGGUGCUCAUGGAGAAGAUGAGCGACCACCUGGCGCUGGAGGACUACCUGAGCACAGAGCUGGUGGACACGUGGCUGAGGAACAUGAGGACCAGACACAUAGAAGUUUUCUUCCCGAAGUUCAAGUUGGAUCAGAAGUAUGAGAUGCAUGAGCUGCUUAAGCAGAUGAGAGUCACGAGAAUCUUCUCACCCUGGGCCAACCUGGGCGAGCUGUCGGCCAUGGCGAGAAACCUGAAAGUGUCUCAGGUUCUACAAAGAGCAGUGAUUGAGGUGGAUGAAAAAGGAACCGAGGCAGCGGCAGGAACCCUGUCGGAAAUUAUAGCUUAUUCCAUGCCUCCCAUCAUCAAAGUGAACCGGCCGUUUCAUUUCCUGAUCUAUGAGGAAACCUGGAGGGUGCCCCUAUUUCUGGGCAGGGUGGUAAACCCAACCCUCCUGUGAUUGACGACAAGCACGAGGACGCGGUGCCCAGCGGAUGCCGACCUG